AUGGGAACAAAUCGAGCAGCUUAUCCAAAUCUUACGGCACAAUCAACAGAAUCUUAUCAACAAAAACCAGUUAAACAUGUUCGAGCAGUAUAUCCUUAUGUUGCACAACGUAGUGACGAACUAACUCUUAGAAAAGGAGAUAUUAUUAUAUUACUUGAACGUCGACGAGAUCAAUGGUGUAGAGGAAAUUUAGAAGGAAAAAUUGGUUUAUUUCCUGGAACUCAUGUAGAAGAAGUGUAA